CCACCUGAAAAAGAACAUAAAGAGAGAUAGAGAGAUAAAAUAGAUAUUUUAUCAAACCAGACAGAACAUAGAUCUUGUUACUUACUCACUACACUCAGCCCUAUCCACUUUCUCAAAUGGAGUUUCCAACAAUGAGCUCAUUCUCUUCUUCAUCUGAAAUGCUUAGCUCCGAGAACGAGUCUCCGGUUAUGACAGGCGCCGAUUAUAGUCCCAUGCUGGCGGCGAGCUGUCCGAAAAAACCGGCGGGUAGGAAGAAGUUUCAGGAGACACGGCACCCGAUUUACAGAGGAGUUCGCCUUAGAAAAUCAGGUAAGUGGGUGUGUGAAGUGAGGGAACCGAACAAGAAAUCUAGGAUUUGGCUCGGAACUUUCAAAACAGCUGAGAUCGCUGCUCGUGCUCACGACGUCGCCGCCUUAGCCCUCCGCGGAAGAGGCGCCUGCCUCAACUUCGCCGACUCGGCUUGGCGGCUCCGUAUCCCGGAGACAACCUGCGCAAAGGAUAUCCAGAAGGCGGCUGCUGAAGCUGCAUUGGCUUUUGAGGCCGAGAAGAGUGAUCAUGGCAUGAACAUGGAGGAUACGACGGCGGUGGCUUCUCAGGUUGAGGUGAAUGAUACGACGACGGAUCAUGGCGUGGACAUUGAGGAGACGAUGGUGGAAGCUAUUUUCACGGAGGAACAGAGAGAAGGGUUUAACAUGGCAGAGGAGACGAGGGUGGAGGGUGUCGUAACGGAGGAACAGAGCAAUGGGUUUUACAUGGAUGAGGAGUGGAUGUUCGGAAUGCCGACAUUGUUGGCUGAUAUGGCGGAAGGGAUGCUUUUACCGCCGCCGUCCGUACAAUCGGGACAUAAUAAUGAUGACUUCGAAGGAGAUGUUGACAUGAACCUUUGGAAUUACUAAUAUUAGUAUUUUUUCUUUUCCAAUUCUUUUGUGAUAUUUCACUAUAAAAAUUCGGAUUCUACCUUUAUUUUUUUGUGGGGAUCUUUAUUUUUCUUUUUAAGUUUGGGAAACGGGUGUAUAUGUUUCACCAUGGUGUUGUCAAAAAUGCUGGGUAUUUUCUUGUGUGUGUAGCAUAAUCAUCUUUGU